UGCCCGUACUACAUGUGAGCUGAUGAAAAACGUGGAAAUUCAACACAACAAAACAGAAGUGUGAAGCUGAAGCUGCAAGUUAGAAAGAAUAAGAAGCUACUGUAAAAAUUUGAAGAAAGGUAGCACCACAAAAGUUUCAUUAUGACAGAUACAGCAAGCAAUGGUGGUGGUGAUGCACCCACAGACUUAGAACGGAAGAUUAUUAAACAAAUAGAGUAUUACUUUGGGGACCUCAACCUGGGCAAAGAUAAAUUCAUGCAGCAGCACAUCAAGGAAGAUGAUGGAUGGAUCUCUUUAGAAACACUGAUAACAUUUAACCGCUUGAAAGCACUCUCCACAGAUUUUGAAGUUAUUUGCAGUGCGUUAGCUAAGUCUUCAUCAGGUCUUAUGGAGAUAAGUGAAGACCAUAAGAAAGUUAGGCGGAGUCCAUCUAAACCACUUCCAUCACAGACUAAAGAACGCAAAGAAGAUAUGAAAGCAAGGAGUAUUUAUGCUAAAGGAUUUCCGGACACAGGUGUUGACUUGGAUCAGCUAAUGGAAUACUUUGAAAAAUAUGGAGAAGUUGAUAAUGUUUUCAUGAGGAAAAACCAGGAAAGAAAAUUCAAGGGGUCCGUGUUUGUAAUGUUUAAAUCACUGGAAAGUGCAGCGAAGUUUAUUGGAGAGGAAGGCACAAAGUAUGGUGACCAGGAGCUGGUCAAAUGCUACAAAGAUGAUUACUUUAAAAGGAAACUAGAAGAAAAAAGAGUUAAAAGACAAGAUCAGUUGAAAGAGAAAGAGGAACAAAAACAGAAACAGUUGGAAGAAGAGAAAAAGAAAUUAGAGGAGAGAAUAACAAAGGGAGCAAUAUUGCACUUGACAGAACUUGCAGACGAUGUUGUGCGGGAGGACCUGAAGAACUUUUUUAAUGAUCAUGGCAAAGUUGCAUGGGUGGACUUUGAGAAAGGAGACAAAGAGGCCUUUGUGCGUUUUGGAACAGGAGAAGCUAGUGCAGCUUGGAAAUCUGCAAUGGAAGCUGGAAGUGGAACAGUAACUGUUAAUGGUGCACAACUUAAGGGAGAGGUUCUGGAAGGUGAUGCAGAGUUGGAACAUUGGAGAACAAUUUUUAAGGCGCAAGCAGAUAUGAGAGAUAGGAAAAGAAAGGGAGGCAACAAAAACUUUGGAAAGAAAGGAGGAGGAAAAAAGUUUCAGAGCAAGAAGAAAUGGGGAAAUGAUAAUAACAGUGAUGAUGAAGGACCACCUACUAAGCAACUCAAGACUGAAUGAAAACUAGGCAUUUUAGGAUUGUUUUACCAAGUAUUUAAAGACCACUUUCAGGGGGUUA